AUGGCGAUUCCUGUGGCCGACCCUGAGGCUGCCAGGGAUGAAAAGGCUAUCUCUGAUCAUAAGGAAGACCUCAUGACCGAAGUAGCUCGCGAUGCCGCAGAGCGUGGCCAUCUGGCGACCGAUCAAUAUGGACAUCCCAUUGUCGAGUUUGACAAAGCCGCCGAAUCCCGGCUGCGAUUGAAGAUUGAUCUGUAUAUUGUUCCUACGGUGGCUUUGAUGUAUCUUUUCUGUUUCAUUGAUCGGGCGAAUAUCGGCAAUGCCAAGCUGGCCGGUUUCACCAAGGAUCUCGGAUUGAAGGGUUACGAUUACAAUGCAGUACUGUCUAUUUUCUUCGUCGCAUAUAUCAUUUUCGAAAUUCCCAGCAAUCUCGCAUGUAAGUGGAUUGGACCAGGAUGGUUCCUUCCUGCUGUUACGCUAGGAUUCGGUAUCUGUUCGGUUGCGACAGCUUUCGUCCAUGACAUCCACGGUGCCUCUGGUGUCCGUUUCUUGCUCGGCAUGUUCGAGGCUGGUCUGUUGCCCGGUAUCGCCUACUAUCUGUCUCGAUGGUACCGCCGCAGUGAGCUGGCUUUCCGUCUCUCCCUGUACAUUGUCAUGGCCCCUCUCGCCGGAGCUUUUGGUGGCCUUCUCGCUUCCGGUAUCCUCACCCUGGAUCACUUCGGCGGUCUCCGCAGCUGGCGCAUGCUCUUUGCCAUCGAAGGCAUCAUCACCAUCGGAGUGGCUGUUCUCGCAUUCUUCACGAUGACCGAUCGUCCGGAAACUGCCCGCUGGCUCUCACAGGAAGAGAAGGAUCUGGCCAUUGCCCGUGUCAAGUCGGAGCGUAUCGGAACUACCGAGGUUCUCGACAAGAUGGACCUGACCAAGACUCUGCGAGGCAUCUUCAGCCCCAUCACUCUGGUCACCGCGUUUGUCUUCCUGCUGAACAACAUCACCGUCCAGGGAUUGGGAUUCUUUGCCCCGACCAUUGUCCAGACUAUCUACCCGCACGCGACCGUGGUGUCUCAGCAGCUCCACACUGUUCCUCCCUAUGUCGUGGGCGCGUUCUUCACUGUUCUGUUCCCCUUCCUCAGCUGGCGAUUUGAUCAGCGCUUGAUCUUCUUCGUUAUCAGCCCGCCCCUGAUGAUGACUGGGUACAUCAUGUUCUUGGCCAGUGAGAACCCCAUGGUCCGGUACGGAGCUACCUUCAUCAUUGCUAGUGGAGCCUUCGCCUUUGGUGCCCUCUGCACCGCCCACGCUUCUGCGAACGUGGUCUCUGACACGGCUCGCUCCUCGGCGAUCGGAACUGUUGUCAUGUUCGGCAACAUCGGUGGAUUGAUCUCCACCUGGUCUUUCCUGCCCUCUGAUGCGCCCAACUACCACAUUGGCAAUGGCCUGAAUCUGGCAACUUCCUCCAUGACUCUUGUGCUUGGCGCGAGCUUGUGGAUGUGGAUUUUGUGGGACAACCGGAGACGUAGCAAGGUUGAUGUCAAUGCUGUAUUGGCGGGUCUUUCGCAGAAGCAGAUUCAGGAUAUGGAUUGGCGCAACCCUGCUUUCCGCUGGCGCCCGUGA